AUGGAUGGGCUACAGAGAAAUAACAACUCUGAGGUCACAGAAUUCAUCCUGGUGGGCUUUUCCCAGAAGCCCCAUGUGCAGGCCGCCUUCUUCACUGGGCUCUUGUGCCUCUACCUGGUCACAUGUUUAGGGAACAGCCUCAUCGUCAUUGUGAUCCAAAGGGACACUCAGCUUCACACUCCCAUGUACUUCUUCCUCAGUAACCUGUCCUUCCUUGACGUCUGCUACUCCACCAGCUGGGAGCCCUACGUGUUGGCCCAGUGUUUCAAAGACUUCCCCACCAUCUCCUACACCAGCUGCUAUGCCCAGAUGACCACUUCCCUGUUCUUGGGGAUGACUGAGUGUCUCCUCCUUGCUGUCAUGGCCUAUGACCGCUUUAUUGCCAUCUCCAAUCCUCUGCGCUACACCAUCAUCAUGAGCAACCAGGUCUGCUUGCAGAUGGCUGUGGGCACCUGGAUCAGUGCCUUCCUCUUGUCUGUAAUGCCAAUCAUUGCUAUUCCAGCUCAUUACUGUGGGCACAAAGUCAUCAACCAUUUCAGCUGUGAGAUCCAGGCCUUGCUGAAGCUUGUCUGCUCAGACACCCCCAUGAGCCUGAUCCUGGGUCUGGUCAUUAGUGCUUUUACACUGCCCUUGCCUUUCACCUUCAUCCUCAUCUCCUACACCCGCAUUGUGGCCGCUGUGCUCAGGAUCCGCUCCACAGAGGCCAGGCUCAAAGCCUUCUCCACCUGUGGUUCCCACUUGACAGUGGUGACCAUAUUUUAUGGGACAGCCAUCUACAUGUACUUGAAACCCCAAUCUAAAGAGUCUCAGGAUCAGGACAAAGUCAUCUCAAUAUUUUAUGGAGCAGUUACCCCUAUGUUGAACCCUCUCAUUUAUACCCUAAGGAAUAAGGAUGUGAAAGGUGCCCUCAGGAAAUUGAUUGGAGGGAAAGAAAAAUCUUGA